AAUCUCCGAAUUCCACAAGACACGGGGCUUUGGCGCGCGUCUCCCGGCGCGGGGUUCCUCUCACGCAGCCUCCCAUUCAAAAGAUGCCGAAGGGGCGGCGCGGCAGCCAGAACCCCAAGAUGAGCCAGCGGCCGGCCCCACCCCUCUACUUCCCGUCUCUCUACGACCGGGGCAUCUCGUCGUCUCCGCUGAGCGACUUUAACAUCUGGAAGAAGCUCUUUGUGCCGCUGAAGGCGGGCGGGGCGCCGGCGGCAGGGGUGGCGGGGAUAGCGGGAGUCCGACCCCUGCCCCUGGCACCCCCAGUCACGGUGCCGCCGCCGCCGCCUGGCUUGGGUCCCCCCAGCGAGCGCCCGUGCCCUCCGCCUUGGCCGUCCGGCCUGGCCCCUAUCCCCUACGAGCCUCUGCGCUUUUUCUACUCGCCGCCGCCGGGACCCGAGAUGGCAACUUCAGCCCUGGUCCCCGGCUCCACGACCCCCUGGCUCGCCUCCGCCUCCCACCCUGAGGAGCUGUGCGAGCUAGAGAUCCGGAUUAAGGAGCUGGAGCUGCUCACCAUCACUGGAGACGGCUUCGACUCCCAGCGCUAUAAAUUCCUGAAGGCGCUGAAAGAUGAAAAAUUACAAGGACUGAAGACGACCAGGCAACCUGGAAAGUCGGCCUCCGUCUCCUGAGGAGCUGCCCUCCAGGGCUGGGCAGCCACCUCCUUAGGUGUUAGUGCUUAGAUAAUGUGUCCUGUUUGUUGUCAUUUCAAAGAUGGUUAUUUUCUGUUCUGUAUUUACUCCUGUUAUUGUUGCUCCCAGCACAUCCUCACAUACAGUGCCCACUUGCAUGGUAAAUCUCAUGGCCUCUCUUCUCUCUGCUGAUGCUGGGGGACCUCCCUCUUGGGAUGUAGAGUUGCUAUCUGGCCCCCUCUUCAGAGUCUCCUGUGGCUCAAGGAGGGGACCCAAGACUGCUACUGCCAGGCCCACCAGACUGGCCCAUGUGUGGGAGAGACUCAGAGCAUGGACAAUAAAUACUGGCCUGAUGUUGCCUCUCA